UUCUUGCUUUGGUGCCUUGUGUGUGUGUGGUGCUUUGUGCGUCGUGGAUUGUCUUUUUGUGCUUUUGCCAUUAUAAAAUAUACACUUAAAGGCAAAGUAAAGCAUUAUUAAUACUGUAUUAUUUUGUCUUCGUCUGAAACUACUAAUUCAUUACUAUUAUUUAUUAUUAACAUCUAUGAAUAUAAUCAAUAUGUCGGAAGAGGUGUCAGAAAAGUCCGAAGUCGAGAUAAAAUUCAAACCCAAGAAACCUAGGUGCCUUCGGCAAAGAAUAAAGACAGAAGAUGAUGAAUCUGAAGAUGAAGAACUUAUUUUGGCGAAAUUGGAAGAAACAAGACAAAUACAGAAACUUCGAGAACGUCCAAACGGCGUCAGUAUUAUUGCUUUAGCGACAGGUGAAAAGGCGAGUUUACAGGAAGAGAUUACAUGCAAAGAUCCUUUUAAAGUGAAAGCGGGUGGCAUGGUGAAUAUGCAGGCAUUGAAGAGUGGCAAAGUGAAACAAGUAGACGACGCUUAUGAUACUGGUAUUGGCACACAGUUUUCUGCAGAGACAAAUAAACGUGAUGAAGAUGAAGAGAUGAUGAAAUAUAUUGAAGAGCAGUUGGCCAAAAGAAAAGAAGGAAAAAAGCAAGACUGGAAAGAUUCAGAGCAAAAUGACAACUUGAAAUAUCUAUCACCUGAAGAGGCUGCAUUACUAUCCCUGCCUGAACAUCUGCGAGUAUCUUCCACACAUAGAUCUGAAGAAAUGUUGUCCAAUCAAAUGCUUAGUGGUAUACCUGAAGUCGAUUUAGGUAUAGAUGCAAAAAUUAAAAAUAUAGAAGCAACUGAAGAUGCAAAAAUGAAACUUCUUUGGGAGCAACAAAACAAAAAAGAUGGCCCAUCUCAGUUUGUACCAACAAACAUGGCUGUUAACUUUGUUCAACAUAAUAGGUUCAAUAUUGAUGGUGAUAAUUCAAAAAAACGGAAGAUAGAAAAACAACCACCCAAGGUGUUAAACAAUGCAAUUGAUGAAACUAUAGACAAAAUUGUGAAGAAAGCUAAAGGAGAACGGGCAACAGAUGAUUACCAUUAUGAGAAAUUCAAGAAACAGUUUAGAAGAUACUAAUUGUUCAGCAAAAAAAGGAAUUCAAACUUGGUUACAGCAGGAAAUAACUGCUUCCACAUUGUUGUUCUUUAACCUCACUGGUUCUUACAUUAAGCUAAUAGGUAAAGGUACCUAUUUAUAAUAAAUGAAUUUUUACAUUCCUAAAAAGAAGUUGAAAAUUAUCAUCCAUGUUUGCUUGCAUAUUGUGGGUCACAUUGUCUUUGUUUACAUAGUUCUGUGAGUUAUUAACAGUCCAGUGUUUAAUUACUAUAUUGUUCUUAUUACAAUAAUAAGUAAUUAUAUAGUAAUUGGUUACUGUUGAUUAUGAAGAUUAGUGUUGUUGAUUUUAUUGGAAUCUUUAUGGGAACAUUGUCGGAGUAUUGCAACCAUAUUUAUUUUCAUAUAAAAUGUCUCUAAAAUGUUGAUUGCUCUGUGAACUGACUCCGUGACUGGUGAAUUAAUCUUAAAACCAUUUUUUUAUUGUAAUACCUACUAUAGGUACCUAUUUCAAUUGAACACCUAAUUUAUAUGUUCAGAAAAUAAUAAAAUAGAAAAACACAUCAACCAAAAAAAUACUACAAUAUAUCUUAAAAACCUAAUAAACAGUAGGGGUGGGGGGGCACUUUGAUACACAAAAAUUCAAUUUCUUUUCUGAUGACCCUAAAGCAUUAUAUUUAAAUAUUUGUUUUGAUGUGUGCAUUGGCUAAUAUGUCAGCUUAUAUUUUGGCUACGCAAAAACUGGCGACGUAUAGAGAUAAACUGACUUUAAGAAAAAAACAUUUUUGUAUCUCUCAUAACUUGCAACUCUAAUCGCCAAAGUCUAAUAUACGAAUUAAGAUGACUUAAUUGGAACCGAAAUUACGAGAUUCAGUUUUUGAAUGAACUGGAGGAGCUCCAGUGGCCCUUUACCACUUAUA